AUGUCUGAAGAGCUUUUCCUCGCCGACGUACCACUCUCUCUUUUACAGACCGAGCUGAAUCGGCGGAGUUUCGAUGUGCGCCCACAUGGAGCGACGCCUCGCGACACCACCACACGGCCUGCCUGUGGUAGUACGACCCGAUCAGGGUCCUACAAUACCCCAAUUCAUGUCUUCGCUGUGUUCCUUAUAUUUACCGUGAGUACAUUAGCGUGCUCCUUUCCUAUAAUCGCCCGGCGGUUCCCUCGCUUGCCCAUUCCACGCCGUUUUCUCUUCUUGUCGAGACACUUUGGUACAGGCGUUCUUAUUGCUACUGCGUUUGUACAUUUGCUCCCUACGGCGUUCGUCUCGUUGACGAAUCCAUGUCUGCCGCGCUUUUGGAAUCGAGGCUACCCGGCAACAGCUGGGCUAGUAGCUAUGAUUGCUGUGUUGUUAGUGGUUACUAUCGAAAUGAUUUUCGCAAUGCGAGGUGCGGGUCACGUUCAUGGAAGUGAAUACGAUACCCUAAUCGAAGAAGUCUCCCGUAACCACGAUUACGAGAAUUUAGAUGGGAGGCACAGCAGUGAGAACUUGGUCUCACAACCCUCAGAUUCACGGCGAGGAAAAGGCAGGCCAUCUCGGUUACAUACAAUUUCAACCUCGUCGGGAGAGUACAUCACGGGCGAGACUAGCCCGACACCAGAAAACAAUAAUAAUCAGCCUCAGUCGGGUGAAGAAGAUCUCCAACUUGAGGAACUCGAGCCAUACCCCGACGAUACUUUUGAGUUUAACGAUUCUCAGUCUAGCGGUGUUGUCACUCCCCAAUCCCACAGUCAUCAACACCAUCAUGUCCAUUUUGAUACAUCGAAGGCUUUAAACCCGCAGAAACAACUUUUGCAAUGCCUGCUACUCGAGGCCGGCAUUCUUUUUCACAGCAUCUUUAUUGGUAUGGCGCUUAGUGUCGCCACCGGCGCAAAUUUUAUCGUUUUGCUUGUCGCCAUAUCCUUCCAUCAAACCUUUGAAGGGUUUGCCCUUGGUGCAAGGAUAGCGUCUCUAAUACCAGACUUGUUUUCUGCUUCGUCGCCGAAACCUUGGCUCAUGGCAUUGGCUUAUGGGACAACUACUCCAAUCGGCCAGGCCAUCGGGCUUGGGCUGCACACUUUGUAUGACCCUGCCAGCGAAACUGGCCUUUUGACCGUGGGAAUGACGAACGCCUUUAGCAGCGGGCUACUGCUCUUUGCGGGAUUAGUAGAGCUGUUGGCUGAGGACUUUCUGAGUGAUAGAAGCUAUGAGACAUUACGAGGCAGAAACAGAAUUGAAGCGUGCCUUGCUGUUGCAGGGGGUGCGGCACUGAUGGCGUUGGUCGGCGCAUUUGCUUAA